AUGCUUGACAGUGUGAAGGCAGCACAAGCCAAACUGGAUAAGAGCCCCUUUUCCAUGGGGGAAUUCUUGAAAAAAGUGGGUGUCUCAAGUAAUCAGCCAACCAUAGUGAUGGGGCGCAAGCAGUACAAGUGUGAUUUGUGUGAUCGCUGCUUUUCUGAUGCUUCCAACUUGAGGCGCCACAAAAACAUCCACACAGACCUGAGGCCUUAUGUGUGUGACAUAUGUGGCAGUAGCUUUCGUCAAAAAUCCCAGCUUGACCGCCACCAUUUGGUGCACACAGGCGAGCGACCCUACCGUUGUGCCUUUUGUACUAAAGGAUUUAGGGACUCUACCGAAUUGAGGGUUCACUUUCGCGUGCACACAGGUGAAAGGCCUUACAGCUGUCCCAUCUGCCAAAAGAGCUUUUCUCGUAUCUGUUAUAUGAGGAGACAUAACGAAAAGCAUGCAAAGGCUCAACAAGUGGUAAUACAAAAAAAUGAAAACUGUCGCCUGGUUACGUCUGCAAAUGAGAACGAGGUAAUCCCUCAAGAAUUCCAGUGCUCAUUCUGCAGUAAAUCGUUUGCAACCAAGAAAGAACUUGAUGCUCACCGCCCUGUGCAUCUAAAGACUGGGCCAACGGGGCAGAAACUUUAUGAAUGUGUCGAAUGUAAGAAGCGUUUCAACAAUUCCUCUAACUUGAGAAAGCACACGAUCAUACACACAGGCAAGAAACCGUUCACUUGCAAUAUUUGCAAUCAAUCGUUUCGGCAAGCCACCCACCUUCAGCGGCAUUACUUGGUCCACACAGGACAGAGACCAUUUAAAUGUUCAAUUUGUCAGAAAGGUUUUCGAGACACCAGUGACUUGCUGAAGCAUCAACGUGUUCACACUGGUGAGAAGCCCUAUCAGCGCACCAUCUGCAAUAACAGCACAGUACAAAGACAGAAGCAUCUGGAUAAAAGGCACAGUCCUGAAGUCCUUCCUUUACCUUCUCCUCCCUCUGUGUCCAUGUCUUCUGUAAAAAAAGACUCUUGUGAUGUUAAAAGGCAAGAAGAAUGUUCACACCACAAAAAACAUUGUACAGAUGAUGACCCUGUACAUAACAAGCACAUUAAAGACAGAUUAAAGUGUAGCCUUUGCAACAAGUACUUUACCCGUAUUUCAAGUCUGCAUCGUCACUACUUGAUGCAUACCGGAUAUCGUCCUUUUAGUUGUCACAUCUGUAGCAAAACUUUUCAACAGCUCACUAACCUUGACCGACACAAGCAGAUCCACAUCAAAGAGCUCCGCUAUCACUGCACGACCUGCCAGAAAACUUUUAGAGAGUCCAGUGAUCUCUUGCAUCACCAGCAGAACCACAUGAAGGACCAGUCAGUCAGUGAUCACCAGAACGAGAAUUGUUCACAUAUGCCUUACUUAAACACCCAUCAAAUAAGCCAUGGAAGGGAGGCAUGUGUGGAAAGUGAGACAUUAGCAGAUGUUGAUGAUGGGAACUCAAUAGAAGUUGUCUUGGUCUAA